UUUUUUAUUUCAUUUGACAGCUAUAACUUGAACAUGGAGUGUUUGACACGGUGCAUGAAUUGAUUUAGUGUUUUAUUUAGAAAAGUUAUUCGUCGACUGUUUUCUACUCUCAAAGAAUAAUGCAUUACAUACAAUAAAUGUGUAUGAAUUAUUAAAUAUUUUUAACAACUAAAUAUCGUUUGCAAAGUGCUCAUUAUCGCAAAUAAUACGACGUAAUCAUGGCGGAUCCUUUAAGUUUACUUCGCCAGUAUAAUGUAAAUAAAAAAGAAAUUAUUGAACGUGACAACCAAAUUAUUUUUGGUGAAUUUUCAUGGCCUAAAAAUGUAAAGACUAAUUACCUUAAGUGGGGAUCUGGAAAAGAGGGAAGUGAUAAAGAAUAUUAUACUCUGGAAUGUUUGUUGUUUAUACUGAAAAAUGUACUUUUGCCUCAUCCAGUUUAUGUAAAGCAAGCAGCUGCCGCUAAUAUACCACCUGUACGGCGUCCUGAUCGUAAGGAAUUGCUUGCUUAUCUAAAUGGUGAGACAGCAACUUGUGCAUCUAUAGACAAAAGUGCACCUUUGGAAAUAUCAACACAGGUUAAACGGACUCAUGAUCAUGAUGGAGGUGAAUCUGAAGCUAAGAAGCCUCGUAUUGAGGAAACACAUGUUCAGAAAGUACGAGAGCAGCUGGCAGCACGUCUUGAUGCACCUAAAGAAGCUUCUGUUACAGUUGAUAAUAUCAAGUCCUUAUCGGAGGCUAUGUCUGUGGAGAAAAUUGCUGCCAUCAAAGCCAAGCGUUUAGCUAAAAAAAGGACAACCAUUAAGAGCAAUGAUUAUUCAGAUACUCUUGGUGUUGUGGGAUCCGAUCUCAGAGCCAUCCUUGACUAUGAUGUUGACCUUACUAAAGAUAUUAUUAGUCGAGAGAGGCAAUGGAGGACCAGAACUACAGUAUUACAAAGUAAUGGGAAGACUUUUGCGAAAAGUAUUUUAGCUCUUCUCGGUAGUAUAAGAGCAAGGGAAGAGGGAAGGCCAGGAGCACCCAGGCCGCAACCAGUAGUCAUGCCUCCACCGACAGCCAUACCUGCACAGCAAACUCAGUAUAACAGAUACGAUCAGGAAAGAUUUAUCAGACAGAAAGAAGAAACGGAGGGUUUCAAAAUUGAUACUAUGGGGACAUAUCAUGGUAUGACCCUAAAGUCAGUGACAGAAGGUCCAAGUGUGCCAGCACCAGCUCGUGCUCCACAAACACCAAACCAUCCAAGACAAAUGCCACAGAGCGGCGCGGCGGGCGGCACCCCGCGACGGGAGCUGCUGCCGGUGACGGCGGCGCGCCCCCCCGCGGGCGGCAAGCGGCCCUCGCGCACGCCCAUCAUCAUCAUCCCCGCCGCCGCCACCUCGCUCAUCACCAUGUACAACGUCAAGGACAUGCUCCAGGAGCUCAAAUUUGUACCAGUUGAGCAGAAGAAAGCAGAAGGGUCAGUUCGAGAAAAUGAAGUAUUAUUACAAAGAAGGAAAGGUCCCACCGGUGAUCAAGUACCUAAUAAUGCGACUACGAUAACGGUACCUUAUCGAGUAGUAGACAACCCUGCGAGGUUAUCUGCUGCCGAAUGGGAUAGAGUGGUCGCUGUAUUCGUCCAAGGCCCGGCCUGGCAGUUCAAAGGGUGGCCCUGGGAUGGAAACCCUGUUCAGAUCUUUGCUAAUAUAUGCGCGUUCCACCUGAAGUUCGACGAGAUGAAGCUGGACGCGAACGUGGCGCGCUGGGCGGUGACGGUGCUGAACCUCAGCCGCACCAAGCGGCAUCUCGACCGCGCCGCCCUACUCGCCUUCUGGGAGACGCUCGACAAACACAUGAUGAAGAAUAAACCGCACCUUAGGUUUUAAGUUUGUUUUAGAGUUAUAAAAUUUUAUCCUAUAGACUAUUAUACCGUGUGAAUAUCCAGAAGCCUUAAACGCAAUUAAAAUCUAAGUCAAUCGUACCGUUUAAAGAAUAUUUUGGUGAUAUUUCAUCGUAGCUUUAUAAUACAAUUAUAUAUUUUCCUUUUCCAUACAUUAUAUUUAUUGUCUUUUAUUAUGAUGAAAUUUUAAUUUAUCUGAAAUGCAAAAAUUAUCGAGAUAUGAGGUCGGUUAUGAUCAAUGAAUAAAGUUAUUCAGUUGUAUAAAAAAGGGAUUUAAUUAUGUAAAAGUAUAUAACGAUUACGACUCAUUGUAUGAUGAAAUAUAAUAUGUCACUAAGUUCUAAUAACUGUUGGGUUAUCUUGUUAUGGAUAUAGUGUAAAAUAUUUUACCACCUAGUAUGAUUUGUUUAAAGUUACAUUAUAUUAUAUCAAUAAUAGUUUGUGCACUUAUUUUAAAAAUACUGCAAUUUAAACUUUGAAAUAUAUUUCUUAUACAAACAUAGCCCACGUUGUGUAUACACUAUUGACCUAGAUCUACUCACAUGAAAUAGCUCAAGGUCUCUGCAAUCUAAAUAUAAAACAGAAAUAAAAAAUAACUUCAAUAAAAAGUGAACAAUUUUACGUGAAUGUUACACAAAAAUGAGGUAUGACCGAGAUUAAUGGACCGAUCUUGAUGUAAUGCUUUGAAUUCGAAAAACUUCUUCAGAAAGUAAUGGUAAUAGUUUUAAACAGUUAUGACAUUCAGAACAGCCAAGAAUACAGAUUCGAAGUUUUUAACUUUGGUACAAGCCAAUGAUAUUUUCUUUUUAGACAUUUUAUGUUCUCUUCUUUUAAUUAAUAUUGUUUAUAUAUACAAACUACAUAUUUUUAUAUAUAUAUAAAAAUAUGGGGAAUUUAAAUAAUGAAAAUAUUCUAUACAAAAUCUAAAAACAAAAUUAUAAAAAUUGUGGACAUAUAAAAAACUAUUGGGUUAAAAAUUAAUGAAUUAAAAUAUUAAUAAUACACUAUGAGACCAUUAUGCAACAUUUAUAUUUGAAAUGUAAUGUUUUCAUUAUUAACAUUUUGCAGGAUCCUUGUUGAUUAUAGCUUCGUUUAUUUUUCAAACAUUUGAAAUUAUUUAUUUUUUGAUUGUAUUAUGUGUUUAUUGUGUUGUAAGAUUGAAUGCGAAUAAAUGAAAGAGAUACUUAUACUCACCUUAUGAUAAUUAUGUACAUUAAAUUUCCUUUAAUUCUAAUAUAACUGUAUUAUAUUUAUGGUACACGAACCACUGUCUUCUACUUUCGAAUCUCAAAUUACUGGUGACAGAAAGAGUCAAUUUGGUGACUGUAACUAUUUACAUUUUCUUAAUAGAACCAUAUGUAAAUAUAUUUCCAUAUUUAAAAUACAAGUGCCAUUAGGAACUAUAAGCUUUUAUUCAUUUGAUUAUUUGAACCCAAUUAAGGUCUCAAUAAAUGUUUAUAAAUAUUAAAGUGAUUGUAUGAAGAAUAGAUGUUGUCGUUAUAUAUGUAGAAUAGUAUCAGUCUAUGAACCUGUUAUAAAUUUCAUAAAUAUAAAACGCUCCAUUCAAACUUUUAUGUUUACACUCUUAUUAAUAUCCUUUUUAAGAUGAUAUUGAGUAAUAGGUUUAACUUACGAUUGUAUUCUUGAUUCAAUGUUGCUAUUUUAUUAAUAUAUUUAGAGUAUUUUAAAUAAAAAAAAAACUAAGCUAACCAAUUUUAUAUUAUACAUACAUACAUAAUUUUAACUAAUAUAAUAUAGUCAUCUAAAUUUCAGCUGGCAACAAUUAUCGGAGAUGGCUAGUGGCCUUGACAAUAAUUGGUAUUCGGACAUUCGAGGCCGCUUUUAAUAAACUCUGAUCGAAUAAAUUACGUUUCAAUUAUAAUUUUCGGAUAGAUAUUGGUUGUGACCACGUGUCCAUCGUCUCACGUGUUACUUGGUUAGAUAAAUAGUUGUACUUUAAUACUUAAAUAGGUAUAAAUAACUUGCAAUAGUCACUUUUGUGUUAGUAAUUAUUUAAACUCAAGCUUAUACAGAUUAUAUAUAUCUUUUUUUUAAUUAUAAAAUAUAAAGAUUAUUUAGUUUUCUAAUAAUAAAAGACAAUAAAACGGAGUUUUUUUUAUUUCAUUAUGUGCCUCGUCUUGUUUGUAAUGGCAUAUAAUUAUUUUAGAUUUCUUCAUAUAUAAAGCCAAAAUAUUUUUUAAAUGAUAUGGAAAUGUUCAAAGAUCUGUGAUCUUUGUUUAUUGACAACAAUAAAUUGUUGAAUAUUUGA